AUAUUUUUGCUCGUGUGUUAGUAGUCUUGCAGGAUAUUUUGUCUGUCUUUGAUCAUUACCCAUGUGACCUUGCCAGUGAACUAUAGACCCCUUUCCACCAAAGCUUUUAAGUUCCUGGAACUACAGGUUCCUGUGGAUCUGUGUGGUUUACCUUUCCAGCGCUUUUCACAGAUCAAAGGUGAUUGAGUUGAGUUGAGUUUGUGUUUUACCCAUGUGACCUUGCCAGUGAACUAUAGACCCCUUUCCACCAAAGCUUUUAAGUUCCUGGAACUACAGGUUCCUGUGGACCUGUGUGGGUUGCCUUUCCAGCGCAUUUCGCAGUUCAAAGGUGAUUGUCAUGACUUGGUCUUGGGUGUGUGCUUUUCCGGGAUGCAACGGAAAGUUGGCUCGGGCGAGACGGGAAUGAAGGUUUUUGGCCUUGGUUCUGUGGCCCAGGUUGUGACAGGACAAGGAGCUUUUGGCCAUUACAUCAGCAUAAACUUGGGCUUUGGGCUGGGUGUUGCAAUGGGCAUCCACGUCGGAGGAAAAGUUUCAGGAGCUCACAUGAACGCAGCGGUGUCCUUCGCCAUGUGCGUGUUUGGCCGCCUCGUGUGGAAGAUGCUCCCCCUUUAUGUCUUUUCACAGCUGGUGGGCUCCUUUUUGGCCGCUGGGACGGUUUAUGCCGUGUACUAUGAGGCCAUACAUGACUACUGUGGGGGAAACCUGACUGUAACUGGUGUCAAGGCCACUGCUGGUAUCUUUGCCACCUACCCUGCACCAUACCUGUCCUUGUUGGGGGGAUUCAUUGAUCAGGUCUUUGGCACAGCUAUGCUGCUGCUGUGUCUGGUGGCUCUGUCUGACCAGAGGAACAAACCGGCGGCAGCAGGCAACGAGCCUGCCAUCGUGGGUCUCCUGGUGCUUCUCAUCGGCAUUUCUCUGGGCAGCAACAGUGGAUACGCGAUAAACCCCACCAGAGACAUCGGACCGAGGCUCUUCACUGCGAUGGCAGGCUGGGGGGCUGACGUGUUUAGGUCAGGAAAUGGUUGGUGGUGGGUGCCCAUUGUUGCCCCGACAAUUGGAGGUGUGCUGGGUGCGGGGCUUUAUAAAGUCUUGGUGGAACUUCACCACCCUCCAAUCUCUGACACAUGCACUGGGUUAGAGCGUUUAAAAGAGACUGCAUCGAUGGAAAAACAAAAGUCUGACUGUGAUGUAUGUGUAUGAGCCCCCCCAAGAAGCUGUUUGCACAGUUGAAACAUUCCAAGAUUGCUUUGACACGAGGAUCGACAAAGAAAGUCUCAAAUACGGGUUACACUUGUACUGUGUCAUGCAAUUUUAAGAGGAAUCUGCAAUAUUGGUUACUCAGUUACAGUAAUUAGGAGGUGCUUAGAAAUAAUACACUAACAAUGUAUAACAGCAACAAUAGCCAAGGUUACUAACCUACUUAAAUACAAAUCCUUGCCAUCCUGUUUAUAGAUGUUGGCUAUGUUCACACUGCUAGGUCGGAUGUCCAAUCCGGAUUUUAUUUAGUCAAAUCCGAUCUUUUUAGUGGCCGUUUAUAUUACAAAAAAUGAAGGCGAUUUCUAAUGUGAAUGCAAUCUGAGCCGCAUGCAGACAUGACGUCGCACACACUGCAGUGUUUAUGCAAGGAAACAUGGCUUCAUUUCUAGUCGCUCUCAGUACUGGCGCAUUUGUGGCAAUUUUAAGGCUUUUGUGCAACAAAACUCCACAAUCAUUGUGCGUAUAAGAUUUAAAAAGGAAGAGGACAAGUAUUUUGGCUCGGGCAAUUUUACAGGAUAUUUUGUUUCCAUGUCUGCUUGAGGAGCGUGUCUGUGGGCGAGCAGUCAGAGACAGGAGUUCCUAAAACAUGUUAUUUUCACCUCUUUUCUGCGCCGUUGUCAACUAUUCUAUUUUGACGAAUAAUUAUGACGCUUAUCGCUUUUUGAUGAGGUUCAGGUCGGAUGAAUGCGACCUGGGUGCAGGAGCGUUCACAUUGGGGACGCAUCGCAUAUAUCCGAUUUAUGGCCACUUACGAAAGAGGCCUGGGUCGGAUAUGAAAAAUUUGGAAUGGCACGGACAUUAAAAAAUCUGACGUGUCGCAUGUGGGCAAAAAAAAUCGGAAUUGACCUGCAGUGUGAACAAGGCAAGGCAGGGGCCCGCGAGAUGUCAUGAGUUUAAUAAGGAAUUUUACACAAAGGGAGACUUAAUUUAUUUCAAUAGUCUGACAUUUUUGAUGCUGCUAUUAUGUCGCCAUCUAGUGGACAUUUACUUAUAUGACGCAAUGCAAACAACCUUCCCUAGUCAUGGUCCAAUUUUUUUCCAAAUAAAUAAUCCAACCAACACAAAAUGUCAACAGGCAUGGUCACACUGCCUGCUCACUGAACUUUGUGGAUAUUAUAAAAAACGUCCAUGCGCAAUAAAAAAAAAUUAAAUUACACCCAUUUAAAUCAAGCAUGAUGGGAAAAAUGCAAAACACAUUUAUCCAUGUUUGGCGCAUUUUAGCUGAUUGAUUUCAAAACUUUAAGGAGGUUGUCACGGAAGUAAACAAGGCAGAAAAAAACUUUCACAUACUCUUAAUAUCAUAUGUAUAUAUAUAUAUAUAUAUAUAUAUAUAUACUUUAGGUCAGAAAAAACACAGGGGAUGAUAUAGCCUCUGUGUUUCGCAGGUUUCCCUGCGAAACAGGCUUGUAGGGAUGGUAUAGCCUCUGUGUUUUUGUGACCUAACGUAUAUUCCGCUCUACCCCGGUAUUGAGCACUGUAUAACGGAUAAACCACAGAAACCUCGACUAUAUACACACAUAUAUAUUAGGGCUGAAACAACUAAUCGAUUAAAAUUGAUUAUAAAAAUAUUUGGCAAUUAAUUUAGUCAUCGAUUCGUUGGAUCUAUGCUGUGCAC